AGCUUCAACAAAAAGCUCUUGUAUGAUUUGGAAGACUCCCUCCUGAGAGAACUGGCCCAGUCCAAGGGAAAUAUGCUGGACAAUGUGGAUCUUGUAGAGACACUAGAGUCCACUAAAACCAAAGCUUCAGAGGUCAGCUUUUAUUAUAGCAUGAAGCCCUGAAAUGAGAUCUUACUUACUGUAAUAGAAUUCCCUAUGUGAAAAAAUGUCUGACACAGUCCAGACACAGCAUGCGUCAUGGUGUAGUUGUAAAAUGAAUAGUGUGUGGGCGCUGUACAAACUACAAUACAGUAACAUCAAAAACUAGGAGUGAAUACAUGAUGUGAUGACAUAUUUAUUAUAAUUAUUAUUUUUAUUUAUAACCAGUAACAUACAAAUUAACUUUAGUUAUGGAUGAAUAAGCUGUUUGUGAAGUUCCAGGAAAGAGAUUUUUUAAAAAUUCUAUCAACAAAGCUCAGCAAAUGUUUUUUCAUCAAGAAGGGAGACAAUAUUUAUUUGGGCCACAAUUCAUCAAGAAGGGAGACAUUAAAUAUUUUGGGCCACAAUACAUCAAGAAGGUAGUAACUAAGUAUUUUAGGCCACAAUUCAUCAAGAAGGGCGACAAUUUGGACAAUAAUUUAUCAAGAAGGGAGGCAAUAAAUAUUUUUUAGCCAGAAUUUAUCAAGACGGGAUGCAAAGUGAAGACACUGAUAUAAUAUUACAUGAAAAAUAUACUGCUGAUUUUUUCCAGGUGACCUACAAACUUGACCUUGCCUCCAAGACGGCUAUUGACAUUGAGAAGACCAGAGAUGGGUACCGUCCAGCAGCCAUGCGUGGCGCCAUUUUGUUUUUUGUGCUAGCCGACAUGUCUGUGGUCAACUCUAUGUAUCAGUAUUCAUUGGCUUCUUUCCUGGAGGUCAGUGGCUGCAGUGAUCCGUUUGUUGAUGGGUUUUUGGCUGUAGGGGAGAUAAGGUGAUAGAGUAAAAAUUUCUCUGUGCAGAUUAAGACAAUGCUGGUGAAGAUUGUUGGAUUUUUUCCCCCCCUUAUUUCAGGUGUUUGUCUUCUCCCUCAAGAGGAGUCUCCCUGACACAAUUCUGAGGAAGAGAAUCAACAACAUUCUGGAGGCUUUGACUAUGAAUGUGUAUAACUAUGGAUGUACAGGUACGCUUUGGAUUAUGCUGUAACUUAUAUGUAACAUUGAGUUAUUCUAAGCUUGGGCUCCAAGAGACGCAUUGAACUAAAGGGCUGCUAACAGUUGUUUUUUUUGUUGUUGUUUUUUUUAAAUUUCUGUCUCCUAAGCAUUUUGGAAUGUUGAAUUUAUUGUAGUUUAUGUAGUUUAAAAAAAAAUCCUUAAUUCUGUUCAUGACGUUUAUCUGUUCAUGACGUUCAUCUGUUCAUGACGUUUAUCUGUUCAUGAUGUUUAUCUGUUUAUGACGUUUAUCUGUUUAUGACGUUUAUCAUGACGUUUAGUCGCACCUGUGAGUUUAAUGUUAAACUUAGGGUAAAUAUCAAAAUAUAUUUGUGCUAAAAUAGAUAUGUAAUUACAAAGGAAUUUUUUUUUAAAUAACAAAAACUUCCUUUAAAACUUCCUCUUUCAAAUAAAAUGGAAUGAAAAAUUAAAUUUACACAUUUUUAUGAAUGUUUAGAAUCCAUGGAUUUAUCUGAAACAUAAGUAAGAAAAUUGCUCAUCCUUUGUUUUGAUGUACCAGGAAAGAAAUGCAACUCUCCCCAAGCACUAAACAUUGUAAUUUGAUACCUUAUUAGUUUAGUUACCAACUUGUAUUGUGUCCAUGUCUUAUUUCCCAGGUAUCUUUGAAAGAGAGAAGCUAUUGUUUUCCUUCCAGAUCACCCUCAAACUGGAACAGCAACAGAAAAAUGUGCAACAAGAAGAGCUCGACUUUUUUAUUAAG